CGGAAACACGCUGUGUAACCCUCAUACAAUACACCUACCAUGGAUGUCCAAUUCGGUAUAUUUCACCAUAUAUGCUGAGGUUAAUACUCACUUGUUUUUGGUAGACCGAACUGAUAUCAGGGGUCGUGGAGGUUUUCUUUGAUUCUGCGUUUGGAUUUGGACGAUUUUAGCGAUGGGUUUCGGAAUAUAAUUAGCUGGAGUGUUUGUGUUAUUUGUGUUUAGUAGCCGGUGAUCUCACAGUUUUUAUAAUGGCAGGAUGCUUUAAGAGUAUACAACUUCCAACAGUACUAUUAGUACUAGUUGUCGCCUUCCACAACAGCCAUUCAGCUACCCUCACAGACGUCCUUCUCUCGGAUGAGUCAAACAAACCACAAGAGAUCUCUUCCGAUGAAUUCAUCCCCCCUCCACGAUUAUCCAGAGAUGUCAAGUACCCAAGGUACGCAGCCGACAAUACUGAUAAGGACCUAAAACCAGAAGACUCACCCGACCGAGACCGGGAUCGGGAUAACGGUAACGCGCCGCCUGGAAAACGGUGCAUCAGCUGUUUCGCUAGCUACCCCAGCUACUCUAAUACGCCUUCCUACGAUAGGUCUAGGUACUACUAUGACGACAGGAGUCGGGACAGGGAUUAUGAUCGGUACGAUGAUCGGGAUCGGUACAACGACAGAGAUAGAUACGACAGAUACAAUGACAGAGACGGUACUACAGAGGUCGCGACCGAUACAGUGACAGAGAUCGGUACUACGAUCCCUACGACUAUGACAGAUAUGACCCCUACGAGAGGUACGACCGAUAUGGCGAUCGGUCGUACGAUAGAUACGACCGAGAUCGAUACGACACUAGGUACUCCGAUCGGGGCAUAGGGUACGAUAACAAAGGCUACGAUUACAGAAUAAACGAUCCGUACAAGAGCAAUGACGAUUACAAUAGAGGAUAUUCCGGUCGACCGGACUAUGGUACUAGUGGGUAUGCUAGUAAAUGGAAUUAUGGAAAUAGCGGAAGUGGAAGGGAUGAUUAUUACUCCAGAGACAGAUAUCCAAGUUAUAGACCUGUGAGCAAAGACACCUACAACAGAGAUCCCUAUAAUGAUACCUACAGACCGACCAGCUACCUCUACGGCAGACCAUCUUCAACAACCCCGAAGCCAU